AUGCCCUAUAAUCCUCCUGACGAGGCCAACCCUGCGGGCGUUGGUUAUAUCACCCACAAGUCAAUCAUCGAACAUGAGGCAGGGCUUGAUACCGAUAUCAUAAAGAAUCGCGUUUUUAAGAUCAUCAAUGGAAACAUCAUGAAUCCAAUCAACACUUUGCCAGUCUCAUACAAGCUUGUUCCCCAUUACUCGCAGAUGACUCUUGCUCAUCCAACACCCCUCCACAAAGCGUUUGAAGUUUGGUGCCCACUCCGUCUGCGUCACUAA